CUGGAUAGUGAUCAAACAGGUGUAUUUUGAAAAGUAAGUAUUUGGGAAGCCUCUAAGCCACAGAUUUGAGCCAAAAAUGCUGCUCUAACUUCGUUCAUCCUUCUCUGCCGUACGAUAAAGUAAAGUACCUGUAAAAAGUCUGAGGCGUACCUCCUCCAAGCAGCUAUGAAGUCAUGCCUAGCAGCGACGUUAUUGUUCAGUGCGAGCUUGGUUAUUUGUCAAUCGUCGGACCUCGCUUUACGCUUCAUAACCUACAACAUCCGCUGGGCCACCCCAGACCCAGGAACCAACGAAGCCCUCUGGUCCACCCGCCGACCUCACCUCUUCUCUCAGCUCAACUAUGAGACCGCAGCUCGACCCGAGUCGCUUCUCUGCAUGCAAGAAGUAGUCGAAGAACAACUCCUCGACAUCGCUCAAGACCUCGGCCCAGCCUGGGCCCACGUCGGCGUCGGCCGUGAUGACGGCGUCGCUGCCGGGGAGUUUUCGCCAAUCUACUACCAGCCGGACACCUGGACCCUCGCGGAGAACCGGACGUACUGGCUGAGCGAGACGCCUGACGUCCCCGGGUCCAAGGGCUGGGACGCCGCGCUACCGCGUAUCGUCACCGUCGCGUCGUUCCGGCAUGUAGAGAGUGGGCUGCCGCUCGUCUACAUGUGUACGCACUUUGACCAUGUGGGCCAGGUUGCGAGGGAACAUAGUGCAGAGCUCUUGGUCAGCCUGGCGAAAGGGUGGGGGAACUCGACAGAGGGGGUUGUGCCGGUGUUUCUAGGCGGUGACUUGAACAUUGAGCCGGAUAAUGCGGCGUAUCAGAUCUUAAUUGCGGACGGGAACUUGCAUGAUAUCCGGGACGUGGUUCCUGAGUCUAAGAGGGUGGGAUAUUCGAAGACGUAUACUGCUUUCACGGAUGACACGUUGGAUGACACGUUUCUUGACCACUUGUUUGUGGGCGAUCCGGCGGUUAGAGGGAUGGAGUUUUUGGCUCAUGCGGUUUUGCCGAACCAUUUUGACGAUGGCGUGUAUAUAUCUGAUCACCGACCUGUUGUCGCUGAUGUUACGAUUGAUGUAUAGAUCAAUGGGAAACUUUCCAGGUCAUGCUGAUAGUCCUGACUUCCAUCCAGUAGUUGACAGAACGUCUGAUAAUCUUAGCCAGCGGCUCUUGAGACUUGAAGUGCUCUACAGACGACCUGUUUGAUCGUACUGUGUUGGAUC